AGUGAUAAGCCACGACUUGGCAACACACACAGACACACGUCCACAGCUCGUACACACUGACGUACACACGGCGUCCCUAGCCCUAGGUCACCCCAGUCCCAGGACCCCUCACAGGACCCCCGUAGGACCCUGUAGGAGCUGUAGGACCCCGUGAGGCGCCGGCAGGGAGGGAGGGCGAGGCAGGCAGGCAGGGGCGGGGACAUCAUGUGACCACCCUCAGCCAGGCAGCAAGAAUGGCGUCAUACACUCAGGAGGAUGACAAGCACUACAGGGAGUAUGGCCCUGGCUGUGAGAUCGGCUCGUUCCCGAAGGACUUUGUCUACGGCCCCGAUGACCCCGAUCAGGACAUAUCCCUCAUUUUCGCCCCCGACCAGAAGCCCAAGAUCCUCCUCAUGGGGCUUAGGAGGAGUGGCAAAUCCUCCAUCCAGAAGGUCGUCUUCCACAAAAUGACCCCCAACGAGACACUUUUCCUCGAGUCUACCAACAAGAUUGAGUCCGAGAACAUCUCCAACUCUUCCUUCGUCCAGUUCAAGAUCCUGGACUUCCCCGGCCAGAUUGACUUCUUUGAGCCGUCCUUCGACUCGGAGAAGAUAUUUGGGGGUCAUGGCGCUCUGGUCUUUGUUAUUGACGCGCAGGAUGACUACAUGGAAGCCCUCAACCGCCUGCACCAGACGGUCCUACGCGCACAUAAGGUCAACCCUCAUCUCAGGUUCGAGGUGUUCAUCCACAAGGUCGAUGGGCUCUCCGACGACACCAAGAUUGAGACCCAGCGCGACAUCCACCAGCGGGCCAACGACGAACUGGUGGAUGCUGGCAUGGAGCAGAUCCACCUCAGCUUCUACCUCACCUCCAUCUACGACCACAGUAUCUUCGAGGCCUUCAGCAAGGUGGUGCAGAAGCUCAUCCCGCAGCUGCCCACCCUCGAGAACCUCCUCAAUCUGUUUAUUUCUAACUCGGGUAUAGAAAAGGCGUUCCUAUUUGACGUGCUCUCCAAGAUCUACAUAGCCACAGACUCCUCGGCGGUGGACAUGCAGAGCUACGAGCUGUGUUGUGAGAUGAUCGAUGUCGUCAUUGAUAUAUCCGACAUUUACGGCAGCAAGGAUGAGGGCACGCAGGUCCCAUUUGACAAGGACAGCUCCAGCAUCAUCAAGCUCAACAAUGCCACCGUCCUGUACCUGAGGGAGGUGAGCCGCUACCUGGCCCUCGUCUGCAUCCUGAGGGAGGAGAGCUUCGACAAACAAGGGCUCAUCGACUACAACUUCCUGUGCUUCCGUAAGGCUAUCCAGGACGUGUUUGACGUGCGCAAGCUUCAGCUCCAGCAACUCACUAACAGCCUGUCGUCACCGCUCCUGCAGAACAGCCACUCCAACGGCCCCACCACCUAGUACACACAACCCUGGCAGCUCUAAGGUGGCCGUCACACACAGGUCCCUCAGCCCAUCACCCCCACUUGAGGCAGGAUGAAGACGCAAGGCCCACCCACAGCACAAAGACCUGGCCACUCACUUUCCUGCUCAGCCUCACUCUGCCCAUCCUGCCUGCACAGCCUCGGAGGUCUGGGCGCAGCACGAGGAGCAAGACAGGGGCUACUACUGAUGAGCUGUCUGUCUCCUCACAUGAAAGGGAUGAUUAUUGGGUCUUUGAAAAGCUUGGCAAUGCUGUAUGUGUGUGUAUGUGUUGAGGUGUGUGUGUGUGUGUGUGUGGGCAAGGCUGGAUUGACAUGUGGGGCACCGUCAAGGCUGCAGCACAUUGGGGUUCUCCUAUUUCCGAGCUAUGCAGUGAGGCAUUGUGGGACUUGUUCAGAGUUAAGAGGUAUAUCCAUAGCAAGGGAGUCCUGUUGUCACGGCACCUCAGGGCCUUAAAGUAUCGUCUGAUCAACUUAUGCUAACAGAUAGGCAAAAUUACAACAAUUCAAAGCUGGCUUCAUCUGUACGUGGGCUGGGGAGGCAAAAUUAUAACUAUUCAAAGCUGGCUUCAUCCGUACAUGGGCUGGGAGGCAAAAUUAUAACUAUUCAAAGCUGGCUUCAUCCGUGCAUGGGGUGGGAGGCAAAAUUAUAACUAUUCAAAGCUGGCUUCAUCCGUGCAUGGGGUGGGAGGCAAAAUUAUAACUAUUCAAAGCUGGCUUCAUCCGUGCAUGGGGUGGGAGCCAAAAUUGUAACUAUUCAAAGCUGGCUUCAUCCGUGCAUGGGGUGGGAGGCAAAAUUGUAACUAUUCAAAGCUGGCUUCAUCCGUGCAUGGGGUGGGAGGCAAAAUUAUAACUAUUCAAAGCUGCCUUCAUCCGUGCAUGGGGUGGGAGGCAAAAUUAUAACUAUUCAAAGCUGCCUUCAUCCGUGCAUGGGGUGGGAGGCAAAAUUAUAACUAUUCAAAGCUGCCUUCAUCCGUGCAUGGGCUGGGAACCAUAGGGGGGUGGAUGAUAUAUUUGAUUGUGGGUGUAAUUACCGUCAUAACACCUGGGCCCAUGGGAAGCGCAAGGCCCCUCUGUAAGGCCUUGCCCCGCGUCCAGCCCUUGAGCCUUUGAGGGGAGCAGGGAGGGAAGCAGAAGGUUGCCUGACUUGAGUGUGUGUACAGAAAUAUUUUGUUGUGCUCUACAUUUUUAUAUCCAUAGAUGCCGGGCAGAUUAUUCUAAAGGAACCGUUUUCAUCUCUUCUCCGUAAUGUCGUUGCCCUGAGCUUAGUACGAAGUUAUGUUGUGAGGAUAUGGUGAUUGUUUUUCAUGACAAAUAAAAUACUUUGAAACUGUA